CUCUUAAUAAGGUCAUAUCCGAAAGAUCUGAUUAUCACUUUUGAUGCCGCGAAUUUGGCGAAAGGGCAAUCACUACCUAUAUUUACAUCUUAGAUUUAGCGUAGCCACGGUAUGAGCGGGGCUCGAACUCAUUUCCUGACUACGAAGCGAAAUCUCUACCACUAUGACCAAGUUACCGCGACAGGUAUAUAAAAAACGGGGUAACUUUAGCUUCCUCACCGUCAACUUCUCAAGCAAUAUUCCAUUAUCGCCUGCGUAUGGUGUUUAUGUCUCAACUGAUUCGAUAUGCAAGAGCGUGUUCCGCGUAUGAUCAAUUUUUAAACUGAGACAGUCUACUGACAAAUAAGCUAAUGUUACAAAAGUAUCGCUUGGUAGUUUUCAAAUAUCAUGAUGGUUAUAACGUUUUAAUCUAUAAAAUUAAUAUAACCUGCCUAAGGCUAAAUCCUAUCUAGCAGUCAAGAGGAGGUGUUUACUACAACAAGGCACCUGAUCCCACCUCUGGUGCGUCCAGGGUUCCAUGUUUGCACUACUCUUAAUUUUGAAUUCCUUACAGAAAUUUAGAGAUUGAUCACAGUUCUUUACCAUCACUCGUUUUCAUUCAUUUAAUACUAUAAUUUGUUUUAUAUCAAUUUGUAUACUAGUAUUUAGCUUUAAUAAUAUUACAAGCAUUUCUCCUCAUUUUUUUGUGUGUGAUAUGAAUUAUGUUAGCAUAAUUAAAUUAAGGUGAUGUCAUGUUUCUUAAACUUGUUUUUGUUUUUCGUUGGUACUUGAAUUCGGGGACAUCUGCAUGCAUUUUUUUUUUUUUUUUUUUUUUACAAUGUACUUGUUUUAAACUAAACAAUAUGAGAUAUUGAUCUCGUGGACUUACUUAACAACAAUGGAUGUUCAUCGUAUUACUAGAAAAUGCAUUGUUUCACGCAUGUAUUCUCUCUCUCUCUCUCUCUCUCUCAUACAGAUUAAACUCAGCAUUUCGCAAAUUCGACGGUUGUUAUAACGAUCUAGUUUCACAAUAAAACGUAUCAUUGGGUCAAAUGUUGUCUAGGGUGUUUCAUAGCAAUUGUAAGGCCGUUCUUGGCACACAGAUUUUGACUACGGAUAACUCCGUUUACCUGAUCAUGAUAUAGGGCUCACGGCGGGUGUGACCGGUCGACAGGAGAUGCUUACUCCUCCUAGGCACCUGAUCCCACCUCUGGUGUGUCCAGGGGUCCGUAUUUGCCCAACUUAAGCUUUCUAUUUUGUAUUGCUUAGCUGAGAUUGAUCACUGUUCGUUAUCUUCACCUUUCAUUAUAGGAGUUAUGAGAUUGAUCACUGUUCGUUAUCUUCACCUUUCAUAGAGAGUAACACCUCUGAAAUGAUGACUAGCUUGUAAAUGUUAAAAUGUACAACGAUUUCCCAGAGAGUGCACACACAAUGUUAUAAAGUCAAAUUCAACUGUAACGUUAAAGUCUAACAAAAUCGCAUUCGUUUACAAUUCAGACGAAAAUGAAUAAAUAAAUCUAGAGUUAAAUAUGCAGGAUCUGUAAUCAGGCUUAUUUGGCGCUAAGGAAAGAGCUCGACUUAAUGUCAUUUUCUACUCCAUUACUGUACAACAUAAUGUGGAUACGCCUAAUAGUACAUUAGGUUUGGUUGCAUAGUUAAGAAUUACACACAGCCACACAGACCUCCCCGAGAUAUAUGACACUUACAGUAACUUGUAUCAAAUCAGUGCUUUAUAACUGAUUACUCGUAAUUUGAAAAAAAAAAAAAAAAAAAUCGUACAUCUGUACAAGUGCAUCCUAAGAAUAAUAGUUCAUUCUAAAGUAAUAUCGAGUCCAUACCCCCUUGUUAUCUUUGUUCUAGUUUUUACCUUUUGGAAAUUGAAUCCGAUAAGCGCCCUAUUUUACCAUUCUAUUGCUGGCACUGGUCAAUAAAAACUCUUGGAAGUUCAUAUUCAUGACUACUGAUUAAUUCAAAUAGGAACAGAAGGUAUGUCCCUCGUAAAAUUAUAAUUCACAACCAUAAACUGUUACAAAACAAAGGUUCUCACAUUGUACCGCUGACCUGCUGCGACCUUGAAGUGAAAUUUUAAACAAUCAUUACAUGUACAUGCAUCAGUGCAAAAUCUAUUAAUUACUGUAAGCACAUUGUCUAGGAACUUAGAUCACACGCCCUCUUUAAAUAAAUAAAUUCGUGCUUGUGAAUCAUUGAAUUCGUUUGAAUUUUAAUUUCUUUUUUUAUAUUUUGUCUUCAACAUUACAUUUCAGAUGUGGAAUACUAAAUAUUUCUUUUUUCUGAACUUGACAUUCUUUACAAAAUCCAUUACAAAAAGCACAGGUGAUACAAAUGAAGUAGAAAUCCAUACAAGACUGGGCAAUAUUAUAGGAUUGCGAGACAGUUCUUACAUACAUGAGGAGACAGUUUAUAAAUUUCUCGAUAUACCUUACGGUAAAGCACCGAUUGGCAACCUACGCUUCCAAAAACCCAUCCCCUUUGGAGCAUGGUCCAACACACUAAACGCAACGACAUUAGGUCCCGCUUGCCAUCAAUCCAAAAACCAACCAUUUCAAUAUCCAGGAUUCACCGAAGACUGUCUCAAGUUGAACAUUUAUGUCCCACGUGAUGUGAAUUCCUCGAAUAACAAGUCCGUUAUGGUUUGGUUUCAUGGUGGUGGAUUUAUGUAUGGUGCUGGGAAUUUAUACGAUGGCGGCAUGCUUUCUCUAACAGGAAAUGUUAUAGUAGUGACGAUUAACUAUCGAUUGGGAAUUUUAGGAUUUUUGGCUUCAAAGAACAACAAGGCGAAAGGGAAUGCAGGAUUGUGGGAUCAAAUACUUGCCCUUACUUGGAUCAAGUAUAAUAUUAAAGAUUAUGGUGGAAAUCCAAACGAUGUAACAAUAUUUGGCGAGUCUGCGGGGGGUAUAAGUGUUUCGUUACAAUCUUUAAUACCCAGCAACAGAGGUUUGUUCAAUAAAGUGAUUGCUCAAAGUGGAAUUGCCAAUUCUUUUCGCGCAGUUUCAAAUGACACUUUAUCUUCUACUAUUGCAGUUGGUAAGAAAGUUGGCUGUGCAUAUAAUGUUCCCUCGGUAAAUGAUCACAACUUUAUCGAAUGUUUACAAGCUGUCGACGCAGAUGACCUUAUUCGAGCUACAAAUGUAUUUCAGACGGAAUUGGGGUUAAAUAUUCUAACCAAUCUCCCCUUUGCACCUAUAGUGGAUGGGGAACUCUUUCACAAGAGUCCUAUUCGUUUACUGAAGGACAGAACAUCAUCUGAAUUCAACUUUUUUCAAUCUUUAGACAUGAUGAUAGGAACCUGUGAUAAUGACGGCUCUCUUGCACUGAGCUUUUUACCUGGAUAUGAAAGAAAACUGAAUUUCAAUUUCAGUGAAGGCCUUCCCACACAUGAGAUGUGUCAUACUCUUAUACCCGUGUUUUCAAAAUCAUUAUUCAACAGCAAUGGUGAAGUAUCAAAUGCAAUUUGCAAGAAGUAUACCGUAUUAUACAACAUUGAAGAACAAGGUCUGGAAUUUGUACACAUGUACGGCGAUGCUACAUUUAUUGCUCCGUGUACUCUUGCUCUAAGUUAUCAUUCCAAUAAUAUUCAGAGGGCAACAACAUAUCAGUACGUGUUUUCUGAAGAAAUGCCGUCGGUGAAUCCUGAUUUACCUUGGUAUCGGGGUUCUGCACAUGGAAGCGAUGUCUCGUACAUGUUCUUGUUUGAACAAUUGAAGACAACAUCAAACUUCACGGAAGGUGCUCGGAUUUUAGUGGACCAAAUGAGAAAAUAUUGGACCAACUUCGCAAAAACAGGAAACCCCAAUGGACCAGGUUUGCCGGAAUGGAAAUCAUUUGAUUUCGGUUCCUCCCAUCCAUACAUGAAUUUGCAGUCUAUGAAUACCACAUUAAGAACGAAUUACAGGAAAACAUAUACGGACUUUUGGAAUCAGGAUUUGCCCAACAUUUUAAAGCAUGGAUGUAACCAAAAGAGUUGUGUAAUGCCAGUUAUAGGUUAAUGUAAAGAAAUACAGAUUUACAACGGACAUUAUGGGCAAUCAAAGUUCAUAUCAAAAUUUUUACAUUUCACAAUAUAUUUCCUGAUUAAAUAAUAUACGUGUUUA